UAACCAGGCCUUGUCUCCAACAAACUCCCCGGCCGGAGUCGAACGAACCCGGUCGGGUCUCUGCAAAACAGGAAGGCGCCGAAGCAGCUAUCGCCGCACCCGAGUCCGCCGCCGCCGCGCCGCUCCAACUCGGCACCACGGAGCGGGCUGGCUGGAAACUCGUUUGCUGUGAUGGAAGAGGGCAGUGACUACUAUGUUGUCAGGAAAGGCGAUGUGGUGGCAGUUUACAAGACUCUAAGUGACUGCCAGGCUCAGAUUUGCUCUUCGGUAUCUGGUCCUGCUGCGAGUGCCUACAAGGGUCACUCUUGGAGCAGAGGAAAGGAGGAAUACCUGUCUUCAUGGGGGCUAAGUCAUGCUACUUAUGUGAUCAAUGCAGCCGAACUUAGGGAAGAUGUACUUGGUCCCCUUGUGCCCUGCAGUUUUCAGGACAUACUUGGUUCUAGUUCAAAUCAACAGGCUCCAAAUCAUAUAGGCUUCCAUAAUGUUGUAGCAUCUCAGACUGGAGCACAAUAUGUUGAUCUGAACCAUCUUAUGCUGCAGGAAGCCAGAUCUAGUUCCUUCAGGCAUAUCUCACCAGCAAAUUUCAAUCGUACUGGAGCUGUUGAUGCACAACCUAUCUCAAAACAAUAUAUGGUGGGUAUUCUUCAUUUUGAUGGUGCUUCAAAAGGGAACCCAGGAAAAGCAGGUGCUGGAGCUGUGCUUAUGACUGAAGAUGGUAGAGUGAUAUCUCGGCUUCGUGAGGGUCUUGGUGUCGCUACUAAUAAUGUUGCUGAGUAUCGGGGCCUGAUUUUAGGACUGAAAUAUGCGAUUCGGCAUGGAUUUAAGAGAAUUAAAGUACAUGGGGACUCUCAACUUGUCUGCAAUCAGGUGAAUGGUGUCUGGCAAGUGAAGCAGCCGAACAUGAUCGAGCUGUGCAAAGAAGUGAGAAAGCUAAAAGAAAACUUUCAUUCCUUUGAGAUCAUCCAUGUUCGACGGGAGUGGAAUGCUGAGGCAGAUCGCCAGGCGAACAUCGGUAUCACGCUUGCAAGUGGCGCCGUGUCUGAGGAGCGUGGUGACAUCUGAUACAUCAGUUACCGACUUAUGUAGUUAACUAAGUAGCUGGACCUUUGCCUUCCACCUUUGUCGAGCUGCUAGCCUGAUCUACAGCAGGAGCUGAGGUGAUGGCUUGCCGUCUAGUAGGCACUAUAUCGAAAGCACUAGUUGGAUCUAUUGCACCGUGAAGCUGCUACGGAAGUCUGAUUUCCUGUAUCCAGCUGAAGGUGAUGCAUGUUUAGGGAUGGGUUAGACGUUGAUAUUGAGUGCUUGGGAGUACUGGGCCCACUUUGACGAACCCAGUAACUAUUGGUGUAAGCUUCCGUCCAACUCGCCGGGCUCGUUUUGGUGCAUCUCAAUGCAUAGUUUCAUGGCACAGUUACCAAAACUAUAAACUAGGUAACCGAGCCACAAGAGUUUCAUGGGGAUGAAACUCCUCUCUCAUCUAAUGAAACUCCUUCAUUUAA